GCAAACUUUUAGGCCGUGAACAAGAUAAAAUGGCCAAGAAAUGCUUUUAACUUUAUGUUAAUCUUGUACAGAAUUGUCGACAACUUUUUUCUUACAUGUGACUGUGGAUUUACGGAGAAAUAAUGCGAAAAAGUGACUGGAUUUUGGACAAGGGUCAAGGAUAAUGCUGUGACUCGUAUAUAAAUAUCUCCAGUUCAUCUUAAAAUGCCUGUGGAGGAUAAACGAAUAAAGGGAGAAKUAGAAUUUGAUAGUGGUAAAGCACAAGAAGCUAAAGAUCUCACAAGACUCCUAGAACUAAUCAACACACCAGCUAGUAAGCAACAACUUCCACCUAUCUCAUGGAUAUCUGAUGAAAACCAAAAUGUCACUCCAUCAAUGUGGAACAGUGGUUCAGGUAACAUGGCCCCAGCUGGUGCUUGCCAACAUCAAUCUACUGAAGCUCUGGCUUUAGAAAAAUUCAGUUCAAGAUAUCAGAACACAAGAAAUUUCACCAAUCACCCUGACUAUGACUAUUUCUCCCAGGUUUUUAUAUCCCUUGUUAAGCAUAGAGUGUGUUCCUUGGAAUGGACACAAAGGGCUCCUCCUGAAAACAUCCUCCGUGUUCUUAUAUGCCUUAGGAUGCUGAUGAGGGAUAAAGCAUUUCAGGCACUUUUCUUUGAGCUUGGUGGAGUAAAGAUUUUAUCUGAGAGGCUACUGCUACUAACAGAGAGUUAUCUUGAAAAUGGAGAGGAGCAAUUUACUGUUGAUAUUUUAAAAGAGAUGACAAAUAUUUGUCAAAAGCUUUGUUSUGAUGUCAAACAAAGGGAGUGGAUGGUGGCAUGUGGCACUCACAAGGCCUUGUUACUUUUGCUGUCAGCUAACGAUGUCAUGGUAUUACACUGUUCUUUGUAUGCUUUGAUUGGAUUGGCUCAAAGUGAAAGGCCUUGUGCUCUUAUUGCUGAACUAAAUUGUACAGAGACUCUGCUAAGAAUUCUGCAAGACUAUGAUGUUUUGUCAAAAACGUUGUCAGCUAAUCUUCUGAGGAUACUGUGUUCUGACAGUAAUAUACGUGAGCAAGUGAAAGUUUUCGAAGGAAUUCCMAUAUGCCUCAGUUUGCUUCAUGAGGAGAACCUAAAAUUAUUGUGGAAUGUGGUUUGGAUAAUAGUUCAGCUUGCUGAAGAUCCUGACUCCAGUAAUGAUAUAAGACUGCUUGGUGGCAUUCCUAUUCUUCUAGGAUUACUGAAUGAUCGUAAGGUCGUGUCUGAAAAUGGUCAUGUACAAAUUGAUAUGCCAAGAUCAUCUGCUAGUGAAAAUGAUACUGAUCCAUUAGAAGAUCAACUUCUCCUCAAAUGUGCUGUAUGUGCAGCAUUAACUGAGCUGGUUCUCAAUGAUACCAAUGGACAGCAGAUUGUCCAGGCAAAUGGUGUCUAYCUGCUGGGUGURUUAAUAUUACCACAUGAAACCAGUACUGCUGAAGAGGCCGUGUCUGUUGAAAACCUACAGAAAAGUGCGUUUCGAGCCUUAAGAUUUCUUUUCAGUAUGGAAAGGAAUCGCCAGCUCUUCAAACGGCUUUUCCCACCAAAAYUGUUUGAAAAAUUUAUUGAUGUGGGACACUACGUGCGAGACUUGAAUUCAUAUAAAAAACUCGUUGAAGACCUCAAUGGUUUAGCGGUCGACGAUAUAACAACUAUACGUAACAAUAUCUUAGCUAUUAAUCAAAACAAAGCACCAACUCAAGUGAUUAGUUCCUAUGAAGUACUAGAGCUCUUGGGUACUGGAGCUUUUGGUAGUGUUUAUAAGGUUAGGAAAAAACCUGGAGGACAAUCACUGCUUGCUAUGAAAGAGAUUUCAAUUCACAACCCUGCACUUGGUAAAACAGCUAAAGAACGAGGCCAAAGCAUUGGAGAGAUAGUAAAUGAAACAACGAUAAUGAAGGAACAGCUUCGACAUCCAAACAUCGUUCGCUAUCAUAAAGCCUUUGAAGAAAAGGAGAAACUCUACGUYAUAAUGGAACUCAUAGAGGGUGCGCCCAUUGGUGAACAUUUCAACUCGUUGAUCGAGAAGAGAUCGAGUUUCACUGAAGAUCGAAUAUGGCAUAUUUUUAUCCAGAUUGUAUUAGGACUGCGGUACCUUCAUAAGGAAAAGCGAAUAGUCCAUCGAGAUUUAACCCCUAAUAACAUCAUGCUUGGCGAGAAUGACAAAGUGACUAUUACUGAUUUUGGCCUUGCCAAGCAGAAGAAUCCCGAUGCCAGUAAGAUGACUUCAGUCGUUGGUACGAUUCUAUAUUCGUGUCCAGAGGUGGUACAGAAUCAACCGUACGGUGAAAAAGCAGACGUAUGGGCAGCAGGGUGUAUACUCUAUCAAAUGUGCACCUUAAAACCACCGUUCUUCUCAUCCAAUAUGCUGGCAUUAGCAACCAAGAUCGUUGAGGCUCAAUAUGACCCUAUUSCUCCAGGACWSUAUUCGGACAAAGUGUUAGAAACGGUGAAAAGGUGCUUGACGGCGAAUCAAAGUGAUAGACCAGACAUUGUGCAGGUUGCUGCCAUCAUUAGCGACAUGACUCUACUUUACAUCGACAAACUAAGGGCCAAUGAAAUAAGUUUGGAACGAAAAUUGGAACGAGAACGAAAACGAACGCAGAGACAUUACAUCGAAGCAACACGGAAUAUGCAGAAUUACCAUCGUCUAUUUUGGGCAUCACAGGAGCGCUACGAUAAACUUGUCAGCUUGUCAAGUAGUGGAGGCGCUGCAGGGCUAAAGAGCGUCAAUAGGGAGUCUGAACAGGAU